UCAACUAUCACCUCUGAACCACCUCCAUCUUCAACUAUCACUUCUGUACCUACCACAGCUUCAACUUUCACCUCUGAACCUACUCCAUCUUCAACUAUCACCUCUGAACCUCCACCAUCUUCAACUAUCACCUCUGAACCUACUCCAUCUUUAACUAUCACCUCUGAACCUACUCCAUCUUUAACUAUCACCUCUGAACCUCCACCACCUUCAACUAUCACCUCUGAACAUUCUCCAGCUUCAACUAUCACCUCUGAACCUCAUCCAUCUUCAACUAUCACCUCUGAUGCUUCUCCAGUUUCAACUAUCAGCUCUGAACCUCCUCCAUCUUCAACUAUUACGUUUGAAACUCCUCCAGCUUCAACUAUCACCUCUGAAACUCCUCCAUUUUCAACUAUCACCUCUGAACAUUCUUCAGCUUCAACUAUCACCUCUGAACCUACUCCAUCUUUAAAUAUUACCUCUUAA